UGAUAAUCCGGGGAAAAGGAGGCUCCAGAAUAACUGGUAGGUAGUAUAUGGUAGUAUAUAUAGUAUCGAACGUCUCUAAAAAGAACACGAGAUAGCUCAUCUCCCUUCAGGUCCCUGCCACAUCCCGAUGCCAACUUGGAUAUCCGCGUGUUAAUAUUAUUAGCCCAGCCCUAUCCUCGAAAUGAAGCUUUCAACUCUCGGGACUGCCACCGUUUUAGCGUCAGUAGCAUCUAGUCAUACAAUCUUCUGCCAACUCAAGACUAGCGAGAAGACAUGGCCCGUGUCACACGCUAUCCGGACACCCACGUACGAUGGCCCGCAAGCCGAUGUGAACAAUAAUAACUUGGCAUGCAACGGCCCGCCGAACCCGACUACGCCCUCGGACAAGAUCAUUAACGUUGAAGCCGGCGAGACCGUGAGCGCCGUCUGGCGCCACACUCUUCAAUCCGGAGCUAACGAUGUCAUGGACCCGGGCCACAAAGGCCCCGUUAUGGCGUACCUGAAGAAAGUCACGGACGCGACGAAGGACAGCGGGGUGGGCGGUGGCUGGUUCAAGAUCCAGGAGGAGGGCUACGGCAACGGCAAAUGGGGCACGGACACGGUUAUUAACAGCGGCGGCAACCAGCAGAUAAAGAUUCCCGAAUGCAUCGAGGAUGGUCAGUAUCUCCUUCGCGCUGAGAUGAUUGCGCUUCAUGGCGCGAGAUCGGCGAAUGGCGCUCAGCUAUACAUGGAAUGCGCCCAGAUCAACAUCACUGGUGGCAAGGCAACAAAGAAGCCAACGACGGCGAGCAUCCCGGGCAUCUACAAGUCUAACGACCCCGGCCUACUCAUUGACAUCUACAACAAGCCCCCCGGAACCAGCAGCCCAUAUAAGAUCCCUGGACCCUCGGUUUUCACUUGUUGAGUGACCGUCUUGUUCAUGGAUGGGGUUAAGCGAACGAAUUCCGUGCGCCGCUGAAGACCCGUAACGACGAGGCCGCUUGGUUUAUUUGAUACGAAGUAGGAAGUAUGGUAUAUCCGUAAAAUUCUCUAUAUAAAUAUUACCUUAU